CGAAUGAAAGGGACGCGAAGGUAAGAGAACGGAAGUCAGGAUCUUAGACCUCUGGAGGGAGAAAGCGCUCGGGGAACUCGCUCGGAGAGUACCCAGUGCCUUCAGCGGACCCCAGCAAAAUCUGCAAAAAAACAUUGCACAGGCUAACGGUCACGCCCCACCCCAAGUGCGGUACUGCGAGGUGGUUGGUCGACUCCGGCGGCUGCGUGCAUCCCAGCGUAAGCGAUGAUUGGAGGAGCGGAGAUAACAGGUUGCCCUCUCAGCCACUCAGUGGCAGUGAACUUGUUAGUUCCGGGUCGAAGUGUCGAUGACCUACGCGAUCCUAAGACUUUUCCCUGAGUUGACAUGGCUGCGGCCGGCGAGUCGCAGGGACGCCGGUGAGGAAAGGAGGCGAGGCUUUUCCGAGGCUUUGCGGGUGAUCCUCUCAAUGAUGGCGCUUCGGUGGCGGUUUUGGGAGUUGUUGUCGGUUUGCAGGAACCCCGGGUGUGGGGUCGCUGCGCUCUCAACCAGUUCGAAGCCAGAGGUGAAGCCUGAAGUGGACCCUCUGGAAAAUGAAGCUGUUGCCCCAGAGUUCACCAACCGGAACCCCCGGAACCUGGAGCUCUUAGCUGUAGCAAGGAAAGAGCGAGGCUGGAGGACAGUGUGGCCCUCCCGUGAGUUUUGGCACAGGUUGCGAGUUGUACGGACUCAGCAUCACGUAGAAGCACUUGUUGAGCAUCUCAGCGGCCGGGUUGUGGUUUCGGCAUCCACUCGUGAAUGGGCUAUUAAAAAGCACCUUUACAGUACCAAAAACGUGGUGGCUUGUGAGAGUAUAGGCCGAGUGCUGGCAGAACGAUGCUUAGAGGCCGGAAUCAACUUCAUGGUCUAUCAACCAACUCCUUGGGAGGCAGCCUCAGACUCGAUGAAACGACUACAGAAUGCUAUGACAGAAGGUGGCGUGACGCUACAGGAGCCCCGAAGGAUCUAUGAAUGAAAUAGCAGCAUUGUUUGGAACAAAUGUAAAGCUGCCAGCUGUUACAUCCAUCAGAAGAGAGCAUCUGGAAGCACAACCAGCUUGGAAGUUUUAUGCAAUAAUGUAACUGCGGAAUGUUGUUAGUAGUUAAGGUCAUCCCAUCCUGCCAUUUUUUUUUUGUUUUUUAUUUAGUCAAGGGCUAAAUUCUUUCCCUCUCAUGGACAUGAGAGAAGUAUCUGAGAAAAACUGUCAAGAAUUAUAAUUAACUUGAAGGAUAAAUUAAAUGUUUGUAAGUAAAGAAUAAAGGCAUUUUACGAACUCU